AUGGGGAUCUCGAGGGCAAGCGGCGUGAAGGUGUCGGUGAAGACAAAGAACAGCGUCAGCCGGAAACGCAAGAGUGAGUCGGAGAAGGGACAGGAUGUGCCGAAGAUGCCCAGAGGAAAGGCCGUGAAGAAGGAGCAGGAGGAAACUCUGGGCAUGGAUCAGGAGCAGCCCGAACCCAUCCUCUGCCGAGGGCCAGCUCCGGAGCAGGAGGGCACCUCAAGGUCAGAGCGCAAGCCCCGGAGAGCAGGAACUGUGGCAGGAAGGAGGAUCCGGGCACCUGAGAUCAGAGUUGGGAAGGUGUCGAGGCAGCGGGAGAUGGGACGGGACGGCGUUAACGAUGAGGCAGCAUCCAUCUGCGGAGAGCCGGAGGACUUGGGGGAGGCCGUUGCGGGCGAAGCGGGUCUGGACACGGAGGAGAGGAGAGCAGGGCUGGGUGCCCGAGACCUGAAGAGGAAACGGGGAGGAAAUGGAGACAAGAAGCAAGAGAGAAGGAAGCGGCGAGAGAUGAGAAAAGACACCAAUGAGGAGGAUGAGUUGGAGGAAGGGGACCUGGGGACACGAGGAGAGGAGCAGGGUGCUGGUGAGGGAAGGAACGGGAGAACGGAGCAGGGAAAAGCCGGGAGGGCAACCAGGAGCGUCAGCCCCAUCCCGGGAAGGAGCGAUGGGGAAAGGACUGGGAGAGGGGACGAGGAGAAAGGGGAUGAGGACAGAUGGGGGGAGCGGGACGGGGCUGGAAAUGGGGAACAGGCAGGGCCGAGCCGGGGGAAGAAAAGGCCGGAGAAGGUGAAGGCGAAGAAGAGCAAAAAGGCGAAAUCAGAGCGGGGGAAGAGCGAGGAGCGGGAGGAAAAGUCAGGAAGGAAAAAAAUUAAAAAGGAAAAAAUUUCAGAAGCGGAGCGAGAAGUAGAAAGGGCAGAAGAGGAACAGGCGGAACAAGUGGGAGGUGGACCAGAAGGGAGUGAGAGGAGAGCUGGGAGAGGGAAGGAAAGCGAAGAUGAAAAGAGAGUCAAGCAGGAGGAGGAGGAUGAGCAAGGGGAUGAAGGACAGGGAACAAUCAUGGAGCUUGGGCAAGAGAUGAAGGAGGAGGGCGAUGUGGAGACAAGAGAAGUGCUGCAGAAGGACAAAAAGCAGAGAGCCAAGGAGAAAAAGCCAAAGGAGGAAACAAAAGAGAAGGGGAAGAAGAGCAAGGAGGUGAAGACCCCGGAGAAAACCCGGAAAAGGAAAUCCAAGGAAGAGGGAGAAGAGAAGAACCUGUGGACUGCCGCGCGCCUCCGGGUCCGCUCAGCGCCUGCAGCCGCGAACGGGCCCUGGGACAGGUGGGAAGAGGAGAAGACAGGAGAUGGGGUAAAGUGGAAGCAGCUGGAGCACAAAGGCCCCUACUUUGCCCCCCUCUAUGAGCCGCUGCCCGAUGAUGUCCAAUUUUAUUACGACGAGCAUCCCAAGGUAAAGUAA